AUGAGAGUUUCGAAAGAAGUGAGAGGUGAUAGACCUGAUGGUGGUAGCAAUUCAUCUGCCCUGACCAGGCAUGAUGAAGAACGAACACCUCAGGAAGUGUCUCGUAAGAUCAAAGGAGAAGGUGAUGAUCAUUUUUCAGUUAAAUCUUGUCUUAGAAUCCUUCUUGACAAUUUGGAUGAUAGUUUUUUUUGGUCAAGACAUGUGUGGUCUGGUGUGGCUCCUCCUCGGGUCGAAUCUUUUGUCUGGCAAGUGGUGUACAAGAAGGUAGCAAUCAAAGUGGAUUUAAUUAAACGUGGGGUACAAGGGAUUGAAGAUCCAUCUUGUCCUUUUUGCGGGCUAGCUCAGGAAGCUGUUUUUCAUUUAUUUGUUUCUUGUAAAGUGUCUUGGGGUUUAUGGCCUAGUAGGGAUCCUUUUUUAGCUGAUCAUGUUUUGAAUCCUGAUAGGAUCCCUUCAAAUUUGGUGAGCUGGUCUCUGCCUCCAAUCGAUUUUGUUAAAGUGAACGUGGAUGGUGCUAUGGAUAGAAUAUGGUUGAAAGGUGGCAUCGAUGGGUUGCUUAGAGAUGAGAAAGGUAUGGUGUUGGGAUCGUUCUCUGAGAGAGUUGGUUCUGACCCUCUUAUUCUGGCAGAACUGUUGGCAAUUAAGAGAUGUUUGUUGCUUUUCUUGGAAUCGGGGAUGUCGGUGAAUCGAAGACUUAUUUUAGAAUCCGAUAGUGCUAUGGUUGUGGAUUGGAUCAAGAAUCCUACCGCCACCACCCCAUUUUUCUUCUCCAUAGUUAAAGAUAUCGCCUCGAUUAUGGUUGAUAAAGGUGUUAUUGUUAGGCAUGUGUUGAGAGCAGCGAACUGGGAAGUAGAUGAAUUUGCUAAGUCGGGGAUAGGCUAA